UCGUAUUUUGCAAAAUAACUCACAUAGUAUAUUUUAUUUGACCAGCCUAAUUUCAAGGCUGUUUAGCUGCUUGAAAAGAAAGUUUUUAUUUGUUCUUCAUAUGUACUUAGAAUGCUAACUGUGUUUUAUUAGCCAACAAGUGAAACCGCUGAAAAUAUGGAUCCAGAGAAUGAGACAAUGGUGACUGAGUUUCAUUUCUCUGAUUUUCCUCAAUCUAAGAAUGGCAGGCUGUUAUUCUUCAUUCCUAUGCUCUUUAUUUAUAUAUUCAUUAUUGUUGGAAAUUUCAUGAUUUUCUUUGCUGUCCAACUGGACCCCCGUCUCCAUAAUCCUAUGUACAAUUUUAUCAGUGUCUUCUCCUUCCUGAAGAUUUGGUACACCACCAUGACUAUCCCCAAGAUGCUCUCCAACCUUCUCAGUGAACAGAAAACCAUCUCUUUCAUAGGCUGCCUCCUGCAGAUGUAUUUCUUCCACUCACUCGGGGUCACAGAAGCCCUAGUCCUCACAGUGAUGGCCAUUGACAGGUAUGUAGCCAUCUGCAACCCCCUUCGCUAUGCAAUCAUUAUGACCCCUCGACUGUGCAUCCAGCUCUUCACUAGCUCUUGCAUUUUUGGCUUCUUCAUGUUAUUGCCAGAGAUUGUGUGGAUUUCUACUCUUCCAUUCUGUGGCUCCAACCAAAUUCAUCAACUCUUUUGUGACUUUGAACCUGUGCUGCAGUUGGCCUGCACAGAUACAUCCAUAAUUCUGGUUGAAGAUGUGAUCCAUGCUAUUUCCAUUCUGACUUCUGUCUCUGUCAUCACCCUUUCCUAUUUAAGAAUCAUCACGGCGAUCCUGAGGAUUCCCUCUGGUAAGAACCAUCAGAAGGCUUUCUCCACGUGUGCAGCCCAUGUUGCUAUUUUCUUGCUGUUUUGCAGUGUGGCACUCAUGUAUCUGCGCUUCUCUGUCACGUUCCCACCACUACUGGACAAGGCCAUUGAACUGAUGUUUGCUGUCCUUGCCCCACUUUUCAACCCAAUAAUCUAUAGUCUGAGGAACAAAGAUAUGAAAAACGCCAUCAAGAAAAUCCUCUGUUCUCAAAAGAUGUUUGAUGCCUCUGGGAGCUAAUGGGAGUUCACACACAUCUCUUCAAAGAAAUCUCAUCAUCUCCUUAAGUUUAAAAUGCUAACAAAUCAGUUUUUUAAAAUUACC